GGAUCUGAAACAAAUCAAAUACAGUCAGUGUCAGUGAUGGAGGGAGAUUCUGUCACUUUAUACAUUGAUGAUACUGAAAUACAGAAAGGUGACAAUAUACUGUGGAAAUAUGGAGCUGAAAAGCAUGUUAUAGCUGAAAUCAGUAGAAAUUAUAAAUUGUUCUACACAUAUAAUGGUCCUGAUGGGAGAUUCAGAGACAGACUGAAGCUAGACGAUCAAACUGGAUCUCUGACCAUCACAAACAUCACAACUGAACAUGCUGGAGUUUAUCAACUAGAGAUAAGGGGAGUGGAUCUGACAACAAAAACAUUCAGUGUUUCUGUCUAUGCUUGUCUGCCUGUUCCUGUCAUCAUCAGCAACUCUUCACAGUGUUCUUCAUCAUCAUCAUCAAAUUGUUCAUUGGUGUGUUCAGCUGUGAAUGUGAGUCAUGUGACUCUCUCCUGGUACAAAGGAAACAGUUUAUUGUCCAGCAUCAGUGUGUCUGAUCUCAGCAUCAGUCUCUCUCUACCUCUGGAGGUGGAAUAUCAGGAUAACAACACCUACAGCUGUGUGCUGAACAAUUCAUACACCAACCAGACGAGACAUCUCAACAUUAAUCAACUCUGUCACACAUGUGCAGUUCCUCCAGUCUCAGUCUCUCUGAUAGUGCUGAUCUCUGCUGGAUCUCUGUUGAUUGUUGCUGCAGUCGGGAUCUUCUGCAUCUGCAGGAAAUUUCAGGCUGGUGAAGACGAGAUCACUUACGCUGAACCAACGUUCUACAAAAGAAACACACAGAAAUCGGUAUGA